AUGGAUUGGGCAAACUACUCGUCGCCUUCGCGCCUCGAUGCCUUUGUUGAUGAAUUGGUUGAUGUCUGGCACAUCCAUCGCACUCCAAUUCUCUUCACCGUGUUUUUCAUUCUUAUCGCCGUUCGCCUCUACUUUCAACUCAAUGGGCAGAAAACAGAACUUAUUGCGCUCAAGAAAGUCUACGAGAAACCCGUCGAGCCCGCCAAGCCAAAGGUGGUAGUCGAGGAAAAGACCCCCACCAUCGAACCGAUCGAAGAGAAAAAGAAUGUCAAAUCUCAAGGACCACGAAGAAUCAAGGGUGGUCUGGCAAGGAAACCUUCAAAGAACAAGGAGGAAGUAAAUGAUAUUACUCGACCUGUCUUGCCUGUAGUGUUUUUCUCGUCCAUCACAACCAAAACUGCCAAAAUAGCGGAGGCAUACACGGAGGACCUCGGAGGAAAACUAGACGAGGUGUCCAAGCAGUCAGGUCGCCAGUUUCUCAAGCCUGAACUUCGAGACCUUACCGAGAUCGACUUCGAUGAUUAUUUCCUCACCCCUUACAAGGCGCAGGGCGAUGCCGACGUAUUCUACCUCUUCCUGAUCCCCAGUUACAACAUCGAUACCAUCAACGACACUUUCCUCGAGCAUCUCCAAGAGACACAUCAUGACUUCCGAAUUGACACGGCGCCUAUAUCUGGAAUCCUCGGCUACUCUGUGUUCGGAUUUGGUGAUACCGAGAAUUGGCCCACCGAGGCAGAUGGUUUCUGCUUCCAGGCCAAGGAAAUCGACAAGUGGAUGGCUAAACUUACUGCUCGCAAGAGAGGUUAUCCGGUUGGAAUGGGCGAUAUGAAGGGCGAUCAUGAAGAACGUCUCCGCGAAUGGACCAAGGGAGUUGAGGAGGUUAUCGAACAUGUUGCCCGCACUGGAAAUCUGGGCGAAGGACUUCCCGGUAGUGGAGCUGCAGAGGAAAGCGAUAUUGAAGAAAUCUCCGAAGACGAAGACGACGGCGAAGUUAUCUUUGAGGAUGAAGAGCCCAAGAAAAAGACCAAGAGUUCAAGUCUUGACGAUGUCGAAGACCUCGGACGCAUGAUUCGAAAGGAUGACGGUUCCACCGUUCAAAAAGCACCACUCGCUGUUGACUUCACUACCUACGGCUCCUCCACAAAGAAAUCUGUUCCUCAGGGACCAAAGGAAAUGGUCGCCAAGGAAUCGCCUACAUACAAAGCUCUCACCAAACAAGGUUAUGCUAUUGUCGGGUCUCACUCCGGAGUCAAGACAUGUCGAUGGACAAAGUCUGCCCUUCGCGGAAGGGGUUCAUGUUAUAAAUUCAGCUUCUACGGAAUCAAGAGCCAUCUGUGCAUGGAAACCACCCCUUCUCUAUCCUGCUCGAACAAGUGCGUCUUCUGCUGGCGCCACGGCACAAAUCCCGUCGGAACAACAUGGCGAUGGGUUGUCGAUCCUCCUGAGUUGAUCUUUGAAGGAGUUAAAAAGAACCAUUACCAAAAGAUCAAGAUGCUGCGCGGUAUGCCUGGUGUACGCGCUGAGCGAUUCGCCGAGGCCAUGCAGAUUAGGCACUGCGCCUUAUCACUCGUCGGAGAACCUAUCUUCUAUCCUUAUAUCAACGAGUUCCUCGGCAUGCUGCAUGCGGAGCGCAUUUCUUCCUUCCUGGUUUGCAAUGCCCAGCACCCCGAACAGCUGGCUGCUCUCAAGGCCGUUACUCAACUCUAUGUAUCUAUCGAUGCAGCUGACAAGGAGUCACUCAGGAGGAUCGACAGACCUCUUCACCGAGACUUCUGGGAACGAUUCAACCGCUGUCUCGAUAUCCUCCGCGAGAAGCGCUUCCGCCACCGAACUGUCUUCCGUUUGACACUCGUUAAGGGUUUCAACGUGGAAGAGGAAGCUGAAGGAUACGCAAAACUCGUGGAGCAGGGUCUGCCUUGCUUCGUCGAGGUCAAGGGUGUCACAUACUGCGGUACAUCGACAUCUUCCAAUGCCGGUUUGAGCAUGUCCAACGUCCCCUUCUACUGGGAAGUCUGCGACUUUGUCAAGGCGCUUGAGAAGAGGUUGAAGGAGAAGGGUCUUAAGUACGGCAUUGCUGCCGAGCACGCACACAGCUGCUGUAUCCUCUUGGCUAGUGAGAGGUUCUAUGUCGAUGGCAAGUGGCACACUUUGAUCGAUUACAAGAGAUACUUUGAGCUGCUGGAGGAGCACCCAGAUGGAGACUUUACGCCAGAGUCAUACAUGGGAGAAGCUACGCCGGAGUGGGCUUUGUGGGGGAACGGUGGAUUCAACCCGGAGGACGAAAGAGUAGACAGAAAGGGGCGCAAGAUUGAAGCGUCAUAG